AUGACAGUAAAGAACGUCGACACGAAAGAGGAGGUCCGGUUAUGCGCGAAUUAUCUUCAGUUCAAAAUCAGACGGAUUGCUGCAGAUGCCGAAAGCGCGCAGCCUGUCGGUUUGUCGUUUUGGCGGAAUCAUUUCAAUGAGACACGGGUCUGCCCUUUACCGUUUGGCGCAGAACAAGCCCUACAAUACAAUGGCACAGCGGUACCGCUACUAUAUCGAAUUGACGAUGAUGGUACACCGUGUACUCGGAAUUUCACUCACGGUCUAUCUGGUUUCCGUAAUGCGAGUCAGUUUGAGAUAGUUAUUGUUUUAAAAUACUAUAGAACGAUGUUCAAAGGACCUCUCUAUCUCUCUCGUACUAUCAUGCUUUUACAGGUGGAUCAGCUGAAGCGUUAUGGCGCCGAAAACGCAAUCUUAUUAUUAGAAAAGGGACGGUUGUACGAUCAAACACGAUGGCAUGACUAUUUGUUUUCCGAUUUCUACGACCCGUACAUCAAUGAAUACAGCGCCAUUCCCACAUACUUCCUUUACUAUCAUGUCUUUCAAGAGAGUGUUUUGGGAUUGAUGAAGAACAGCGAUCUGUCAAAGCUGCAGUUGAAAUUUCACAGACCUGCUCCGGAACUAAUAGAUUUUUCUAUGCUGGUAAUAUGGAUUCUAGCAGUAGGAAGCGUAACAGGAGGAGGCAUCUGGGCUUUCUUUCGACACAGAGCAGGUAAAGAUAACAUCCAUGCGUCGCUUUCUGCUCCUGAAUGUUCGCCACGCUCUUCAAGAGACAAUUCAACAUAUGGAAAUAAGCACAAGUGCUGUACCCGUUAUGCGAACUUUCUGGUCAUUGUAUUUCUAAUGAUUCUUCUCGUCGCUAUACUUAUGAUUGGGUUCUUCUUCCGAACUCUUCUAGGUAUUAAAUGCUAUCUUAUUAUCAACUUUUGUUCUUAUUUUUGCACAUAUUUUGAUGAGAAAAAGAUGAUUAGAGCGAAUCUCUUUCCAGUCACUUUCUUCAAUAUAAUGCUAGUCGCGUUUGGUACAAUGAGUGUAUACGGAUGUACUAUGGCUUUACUAUCAUGUUGGUUGCCAAAGCGAGGGCCGAGUUUCUUACAGAUGAUAGUAUUCCUGUUGUCGUUAACACUGUGCGUUCUGUGGUUCAUAUAUCGGCGCACACCAUAUGCAUUCAUUCUUCUUGAUUUUAUAAAUGUUACCCUUUGCCUUCAUAUCCUAAAAUCAUUAAGGCUGCCAAGUCUGAAGUGGAUAACCACGCUCAUGUUAUGCAUGUUUGUCUACGAUGCAGUGAUGGUAUUCGCAACACCAUACAUGACUCGCAAUGGUUGUUCUAUUAUGCUAGAAGUGGCAACGGGCAUUGAUUGCUCUACAAGCGGCAGUGAUGGUUACGCAAUACCACCUAUUGACGCGGCUCUGCCGGAAAAGGUAACGGUUUCGACUAUGAAACUUCAGCAGAAAAGAAGAGUAUAG